AUGGUCCUCGCCCGACGUGCAAAUUCUACCCUUCCGCAAAGCACGAAGGAGAAUCUGCCCUGGCCAGAAUAUCUUGCCAUCCGUAGGGCUAAGCGGAGAUGGGAGAUGGCCCUUACCAUACCAUGCAUGGCAGCUGGCUUAGUUGGCGGGGCGGCUUAUUUUGGGUCGUUGGAGGUUGAUGCCUCAAAACCAAUCAUGGGUCUUGACCCCAUCUUCUUUUUUGGAGGCGCAACGCUAGGAUGUGUCGGUCUCGGCUACCUCAUUGGGCCCAUCAUCGGCUCAACAUGCUGGCGUUUGACUCACCGUCGGACGAUGGCCCUCAUUGAGGCCCGCGACCGUGAGUUCCACAGCCGUAUCGUUAAAAAUCGAGUAGAUCCCACCGCCCAGAGUGCAACAAACCCCGUGCCAGACUUCUAUGGUGAAAAGAUUGGGUCUCUUCACGAGUAUAGACAGUGGUUGAGAGACCAGGCAAAGUACAAGCGGAAGUCCGAAUGGCCGGAGGAUUGA